AUGCCCUCUGCACCUGAGUAUUCCGAAGGAGCUGCUCCCCCAUCUUACGAUGAAGUCAUCAAAAAGUUCAGCUCUACGCUAGGGGACAGCAAAGAUCCCCAGAAGUUCUUACAGGCUGUGGGGACCCUAAACACCACUGAUCUCAAGGUAGUUGCCGCAGAGCACUCGGAUAACUCGCUACCUACCUACAAUGAAGAAGAUAGGGCUAAAUUUGACCUUGGUGUUGCGAAGACCGCAUCCACGGCCGAGGCACAGCAGCACUUGAAAGAAGCUGCAAACAAGGCUACUGAGGCAGUCAAAGAGAUCAAGGUCGUCUUUCAAGACCUCAUAUUCAAGAUAACUGAGAUCGACAAUAUUCACCAGUCCACUUUCAUGCCAGAGCUGGAAACCCAUCAAAAGUCAUUUAAUACUCUCGUCAGCGACAGUCGACUCCUCGCUACGGACAUCAGUCAAUAUGGAAAGGAGUUUGACGAUGUUAUUGUCAAGUUCUGCGCGGACGAAAGUAUCAAGGUUGAAGACAGGAUUACACAGAUUCAGAGAUUUAUUCAGCAAGCCUCUGAUUUCGAGACACGGUCAAGCAAAAUGGAGGAACGAUUCCAGGAUCUUAUCACCGACUUUACCAAGUUUAUCGCAGGGUUCGCGUCAUGGGCCACCAAAAAAGAAGGCGAAAUGGAUGGAAAGGUCACAGGCCUUAUCAAGGAAAUUGGAGAGUUGAAAAUGAAACUGGCAAAGGUCCAGGCAUCUUUAAUCGGGGUCGGCGCUGGCGGUACCACUGUCGGUGGUUUCCUUCUAGCAGGUGGAUUAGCGGUCCCCGGACCUUGGAGUAUCGUACUUAUUGCUGGAGGUAUCUUCCUCCUUGGAGCCUCGCUUGCCACUGCUAUAGGACUUAUUGCCGAGAUGUCUGUGCUUUCCAAUGAAAUAAGUGCGAAGGAAAAGGAGCAAGCCGAUUAUGAAAAGCAGAUUGAGAUAAUCCAGCAGGCACGCGCAAAGCUUGUGGAGCUAGGGGAUGACAAACUGAAAGUCUUCACGGAAAAGAUGAAUUUCCUUGCGGGCUACUGGACUCGAACAACCGCUGACGCUCGUGAGGUUGAAAAAUGGCUCAAAAGCGGUGCAAAAUUUGCGGUAUGA